UUUGAAUAACGCUGUGUGAGCGGCGUGAGUGUGGCAGGUGCUGUGCGGGUGAUGCGGUGCAGCGCCGCCCCUCCUCCUCCUGCCUGGCACCGUAAAUGUUAUUUAUGAAUGCCUACCGCUCACGGGCGUGUGCGCGCAGAUCCGUUAUUAUUAUGUUUUAAUAAUUACGACACUCUGGACAUUAAUUGCAGCCGAUUCUAAGGUUCGUCUCGGACCCCGUGGUGCCCGCUGUGUGCGGUUAAAUCCAGACUUUAAUUCAUUUUGGUCGGUUUGGCGCUGACAGCGGCGGCGCGGCAGGCGAAGCGGUGCUCUUUAAUAAUACUGGGUCAAUACAGCGAGUACCGCCGCGGUGUGCCGGCCCGCUGCAUCACCGGAGCCGCUUCACCCCGUCACCCGACAAGGUGCGUUGCCGGGGGCAACAGCUGACCGACGAUGUCCUUGUGAGAGUGGGCGGGGCUACCUGGCCCUGAGGUAAGGAGGAGGCGGAGUCUCAGCCCUCGGCCCCUCCCCCCUCUCCUCUUGCGACAGACCCUACGGACACACACACACUAACGGGUGUGGCUCUCCCCUCACUCGUCCUCCUCCCCUCUCCUCCCCGCUCUCUCCCUCUCCUCUCCCCCUCUCCUCCCCCGUCUCCCCCCUCGGCCCCGUCCCCUGCCACCAUGCUGUGGUCCCACUGCUGGGGGAGAGCCUGAGGAAGCAGACUCUGGAAGGCGACCCUGCUCAGCCAGGGGACUUCUACCUGUCCCUGCUGGACCCGAAAACCCUCGCAGAGUGCUGGCCCCCAGAUGGCUUGAUGCCUGAGAGCAGCUACUGGCAGCUCUGCCCUCCCUCCAAGUCCGGCCUGCAGGGGGGGUUACUGAGCUCUAGUUUCCCCCCGGGCCCCGUGCCUCUGGUGCCCCCAGAUGCUCACCUGCAGGAGGGGGGCGACCCCCUGGACGGCGCCCCCUCUCAGCCGCAGCAGCACCGGCCCCUGGCGCCCAGCACCUCAGCGUCCGAGCUGUGCCUCCCCGGAGCGCCGGCGGUCCUUCCCGGCCCUGGGCCCCCUCCGCCUCCUCCCCCGCCCCCCAAACGGCACUGCCGCUCGCUGUCGGUGCCCGAGGAUCUGUCACGCUGCCGGUACACGUGGCGGCCCAGCGCCUCGCGGGUCUGGACUCCUGUCAGUCGCCAGCAGUGCCAUGGCGGAAUGGGGGGAGGGGUCACAGGUGGGGGAGCAGGGGGUAUAGGGGCGGGUGCGGCGGGGGGAGGAGCCUGUCCUCUCCGCGCUCCCAGCUCCUCUCUAAACUCGUCGCUGCACUCCUCGUCCAGCCCCACCUUCUUCAGCCUGGCACUGUCUCCGGACUCGCCGCUGCCCUGGAGCUUCCCCUGGGACCCCAGCGAGGCGGCGGCGGGGGGAGGAGCCUGCUGCUGCUUCUUCCCCUCCCCCUCCUCCUGCUCCUCCUCGCCCUCCCCCCUCCACCCGCCUCCCCCUCCUCAGAGGCGUUUCUCCCUCUCUCCAGUGCUCAUCAGAGACUCGGCAGCCUCCACGUUCCUGCCUCCGCCCCCCGUGCCGAGCCAUGUGGCCCCACGCCCGCCGAGCUGCUCGGCCGUGGCCGGGGUGCCCGUGGGGGGCCCGGUGCCCGCCUCGCCCUCUUCGGCCUGCAGCACGCCAUCAUCUCUGCGACGCAGUCUGCCGCCACAGCUGCCGCGCUGCCACUCGCAGCCCUGCGACCUGCUGCUGCUCAAACCUGGUCUGAAGAGGCGCCGCGACCCCGACAGGCCCUGCGCCAGACCCGUCCUCGACUUCACCAAGAUGACUCAGACCCGCAGCAUCGACCCGCAGUGUCUGGAGCGCGGCGGCGGCAGGCUGGCCUGCGGCGGUGACGUCUGCAUGGGCAUGGAGUCCUUCAUGAGCGACUUCCGGGGCUCCUGCUCGCCGGCCGAGUGCCUGGGCCGGACGAGCAUCGGCCCGCUGAGCGAGAGCGACGAGGAGUGCCGCGAGGACGAGGAGGACGAGGAGGAGGACGACUGCGAGGAGGAGGAGGAGGCGCAGGAGCGCGAGGCGGCGCAGCAGGCGGUGUUUGAGAGGGAUUGUACAGAACUCGACUUGAACUUGAUAGAAGAAAACUGAGGCAUUUGUAAAUGGAAGGCUGUUCUCUGUUUUUUUAUUUAGUUUUUGAAUUGCCCCCCCCUCCAUCGUCUCAACACUCCUUGCCACCAAUCAGCAAGGCUCUCAGGAACAACACCUUCUCUCAUUGGAUGAGCUGGGGGAAAGGAGCUGGUUGAGGACGACAGUGAUGAUGUGACUACCGGCCGGACUCUGCGCUGUGCGAUAAAGUUUUUACAGUGAGAGUAACUCUGGUCGCCUGAACGGGGGAAUCCUGACCUCCAGGCCCCCCCCCCACGACCUCUGCAGCGGCAGCGUGCAGGUAGCUGCAGAUGCGUCGGGGCGUCUUCCAACACACAGCUACUGAGUCUGUAACACACUUCAGUCUGCCCGCGGCGCCCACCUGACACACCAUCACCACGCCCACCACACACACACACACGCACACACACACACGCACACACACACACACACACACGCACGCACGCACACACACACACCAGACCUCAAACUGCUGACUGUAAUCUGCUCGUCACACAAACAUUUUUGGAGACAAUAGUUUCAUCAUAACGUUGAUAUUUUAAAUCAACAUUCGAAUGCUGCAAAAACACUUUUGUUUUGGUGUCUAACCUUCAAAAUAAAAGCACAAAAGUUUAGAACCUUAACAAAUCUGUACUUUGAAAAGGAUUAGUGCCGUACUGAAUGUUUUAUUUAUUUACACUAAAAGCUUCUGUUGAGGUUUUUUAGAUGAAGCUUUUACUGUCAUCACUAAAAAAUAAAAAUCUAAAUCCUUAAUUUAAACUCUUCCUGAAUAUAAGUGGUCAGUGCGUGGUGUCAGUGUUUGGAUCACAGAGUCCGAAACAAUCUUCCACAGAAAGCACUGGAUCUAACUCUACUGAUAGUUUACUACUCAUACUAUUAUAAUACUGAUACUAUUAUAAUACUGAUACUAUUAUAAUACUGAUACUAUUAUAAUACUGAUAAUAUUAUAAU